ACUACUACUACUACUACUGCAGUCGGCACGUGUCGAGAAUUUUCGAAAAUUAGUAUUCGCGAUCUAGAGGUAUCGUAUUUACACACAGUACAGCUGAAAAUAGCAAAGCCGCUGAACUUGAAGUACGAGAAGAAAAAUCACCUAAACUUCAUAAGUAAAGGGAAGCUUUUUUGACCCAUCUACGUUGUGUAAUACCUAACCCAAGAGUAGACCAGCGGACUCCAUUACGAUGCCCAAGUCAAAGAGAGACAAGAAAAUAUCCUUGACGCGGACCACAAAGAAAGGGCUGGAAUUCAAGCAGAAUUUGGUUGAUGUAAUCCGUGGUUGUGUUGACCAGUAUGCUCGGAUAUUUGUUUUUAGCACACAUCACAUGCAGACUAAUAACCUGAAAGAUAUGCGUCUAGAAUGGAGCCACAGUAGGUUUUUUUUAGGAAAAAAUAAAGUAAUGGCCUUGGCCUUGGGACGUACUCCUGAGGAGGAAGUAUGUGAAAACAUCCACAAGGUUUCUAGCAAACUAGUUGGACAUUGUGGUCUUCUUUUUACAAAUUCUACAAAAGAUGAAGUUCUUGAGUAA